AUGUCGUCAGAACGUUCUAUUUCUCCGGAUCCUAUCGUUGAACGUCCUAGUAAAUCAAAAGCAAGUGGUUACCGUGAAAAUCAAGACGGACCAUCUUCUCACACAGGUGCCGGUUCUUCUCUACCACCUCAACAAUCGUCACGUGCUCCAAAACGUUACCGUGAAAUAAGUGGUAGUCGCAGUCGCUCAAGAAGUAUGACAAGAAGUCGUUCACCAAGUUUAAGUCAUAGUGGUACACGAUCACCACGCUCAAUAUCUCCCGAUCAUACAACAAUAAAAACAAGUUCAAGCGCGGCUGUAACAAAGAAUGCUACACCUGUUGAUGGUUCAAUAACAACAUCAUCGAAGCAUCGACAUGAGCAUAGAUCAUCAUCAAAAAAGAAAAAGUCAAAACGUCGUAGUGGUAGCACAGAACUGGAUCGAUAUGACUGUGGGAUAUGUUUAGAAAAUGUUCCCAAUUCGAAACGUUUAUUUGGCGUAUUGGAUAACUGUGAUCAUGUAUUUUGUUAUGAAUGUAUUGUUGGUUGGAAACGUUCAAAGUAUAGUAAUCAUGAAUCAGCUAGAAGCUGUCCGGUGUGUAAAACUCGUUCAUCGUUCAUAACACCUAGUAAACAUUGGUUUGAAAAUAAGGAAGAGAAAUAUAAAAUUGUGAAAAAACAUAAAAAUCAUUUGAAAGCAUUACCUUGUCGUUAUUAUCUUCGUCAUGGAUUUUGUCGUUUUUCCGAUCGAUGUUUCUAUGAUCAUCGUGAAGCAGCACGUCAGUAUCGUCAACAACAUGGCUCUAGUGGAAGUGGUCAUCACGAUCAUCGUUCACAUUAUUAUUCUCAGAGAUCACCGUCUCCACAGGAGUAUAGACAUCUGAAGUAUUUUUCAAACAUGACAUCUGGUGAAAAAUCGUUUGCUUCUGUUGCUGCUAGUGGAGGUGGAGGAGAAAAUGCUUAUAAAGCAGGAAGUGGUCGUAUGGGUGACGGAAAUUUCAAAACACGACACCGGCCAGAUGCCAUUCGAAAUACUAAUAUUGUAGCUGCCAAAGCUGUUGCUGAUGCGGUAAGAACAAGUUUAGGACCGCGUGGUAUGGAUAAAAUGAUACAAAAUGGUAACGGUGAUGUAACAAUAACAAAUGAUGGUGCAACAAUACUUAAACAAAUGUCUGUGAUACAUCCGGCAUCAAAAAUGCUUGUUGAGUUGUCAAAAGCGCAAGACAUCGAGGCCGGAGAUGGUACAACAACUGUCGUUGUUAUUGCUGGAAGUUUACUCGAUGCUGCAUCACGUUUGGUAGCGAAAGGUCUUCAUCCAACAACAAUAGCUGAAGCAUUUGAAAAAGCAGCCGACAAAUCUGUGGAAAUUUUAAAAAGCAUCAGUGUACCGAUCAAAUUAACGGAUCGUGAAUCGUUACAUCAGAGUGCAUCAACAGCAUUGAACUCAAAAGUUGUUUCACAGCACACACAUUUACUUGCACCAAUGGCUGUUCAAGCGGUAUUAAAAGUCAUUGAUCCAAAUGUUGACACAAAUGUUGAUCUACGCGAUAUCAGAAUAGUAAAGAAACUUGGUGGUACAAUUGAUGAUACAGAAUUAAUUGAUGGUCUAGUUCUUGAUCAAAAAACAAUUGGUUUUGGCGCACCGACACGUAUUGAAAAAGCAAAAAUUGCCCUUAUACAAUUUUGUAUCUCACCACCCAAAACUGAUAUGGAGAAUACUGUUAUAAUUAGUGAUCAUGCACAAAUGGAUCGUAUCAUCAAAGAAGAACGACAAUAUAUUCUCAACAUUGUAAAACAAAUAAAAAAAACAAAUUGUAAUGUUUUAUUAAUACAAAAAUCAAUACUAAGAGAUGCCAUUAGUGAUUUAGCCGUACAUUAUUUAGCAAAAAUGAAAAUAAUGAUUGUUAGAGAUGUUGAACGUGAAGAUGUACCAUUUGUUGCAAAAACAUUAGGAUGUAAGCCUAUAGCAAGUUUAGAUCAUUUUCAACAAGAAAUGCUUGGAACUGCGGAAUUAGUGGAAGAAAUAUCAACUGGAAAUGAAAAAAUCGUUAAAAUAACCGGAGUUGCUCAUCCGGGUCAAACAGUAUCGAUAUUAUUACGUGGUUCAAAUAAACUUGUCCUUGAAGAAGCUGAUCGCUCCAUACACGAUGCACUUUGUGUGAUCCGAUGUCUUGUUAAAGAACGUGCAUUGAUUGCUGGUGGUGCAGCACCUGAAAUUGAAUUAGCUGUGCGUUUAGCAGAAUAUGCUCAAACAUUAUCGGGUGUUGAUCAAUAUUGUGUUCGUGCAUUUGCCGAAGCUCUUGAAGUUAUUCCAUAUACUUUGGCUGAGAAUGCUGGAUUAAAUCCAAUAGCAACCGUUACUGAACUUCGAAACAGACAUGCACAAAAUGAUAGAAAUGCUGGAAUCAAUGUUAGAAAAGGUUUAAUAUCAAAUAUUUUAGAAGAAAAUGUUGUCCAACCAUUGCUUGUUUCGGUUAGCGCAAUUCGACUGGCAACAGAAACUGUUCGAUCUAUAUUGAAAAUUGACGAUAUUAUUGAAACAAUGUAA